UUGCCUCGCUAUUUACACGUUGCAACAAACACCAACGCUUCCAGUGGUUUGAGUUCAUGACCUUCAGGCUCAGCCGCCGAUUGUUAGCACGUCGGGGUUAACGGGGAUCGUCCCGGGAAUAUUUGUUGUUGAGGAAUGGCUGGAUCAAGCCCCCUUUCAGUCUAUGCAUUGCGUUUGAGCCCUGGCGAAGAAAUUCUGACCUCUUUGAUAAUGUUUGUGAAGGAUAAGAAGCUGAAAGCUCCAUUUAUCAUCACUUGUGUGGGCAGUGUAACCAAGGCAACGCUCAGACUGGCAAAUGCCACUGCUUUGAAUACUAAUGAGAUCAUGCAUUUGAAUGAAAGGUUCGAAAUCGUCUCGUUGGUUGGAACUCUGAAUGAAGUGCCGCACUUGCACAUAGCUCUGGCGGACAAGGAUGGCAGGGUGAUCGGCGGGCACGUGUUAGGUGACCUGGAAGUCUUCACCACCGCCGAAAUAGUCAUCGGAGAAUCUGUUGGGCUUGAAUUCACCAGAGAGAUGGAUGAUCGUACAGGUUUCCUUGAACUUGCCAUUAGUAGACGCUCUAUACAGGACCAGUCCUAGAGCAGCAAUUUGUACCCUGCAGUUUAUAUGUCAGUUUUGUAAAAAAAAAACAUUGCAGUGAAUAAAUUGGA